UUGACUCUCGGAGGUGGUCUAUGUAGGACUUUGUCGUGAGAUAGGGAGUCCUACAGAAGUGAGGAUCAGAAGAGAAGUGAUGGACACUAUGGAGUUUGUGAAUAAACCUCUCUUUAUCCUGAGGGGUUAUGGCAGAAUGAGGAGUGGGAGUACACGUGAGGGAUUCAGAAUAAAAACCUCAGAUGAAGACUUUAUGUUAUGGAAAACGAACCACAAGGCAAUCUGCGAUCCCUCUCAGAUCAGUCUCUACGUAUACCACAACACACUGUGAUGCUGAUGGAGUGUGAUGAUCUACCGCAAGGGUUCAGCAGACUUAAAUUGAUGAGUCCAUCAUGCUAUCCAACAAUUAUAUCCUCACGUGUGCUCAUCAGUGGAGAAGUUUACAUUUCAAGUACAUUAUUCCGCAAUAAUUAUUUCCAAGUUUCCAGGUCCAGAUCAGCCCAAAUGGCUUCUUCUUUCAAUCAUGGCCCUUGUUCUUCAACUAAAAUCCAAAAUGAAGAAGCAGAUUUUGCUUUUUGUUUAUGGUCUAAUCACUGGCCAACAAUAGCACUGCCAUGGAUACAAAGAUGUCGUCAACAAGGUUGGCCCUCAGAGAUUGUUCUUUCAAAAAUAUUAAACGCAGGAUUCCAUGUUGUUCCUAUCGGUAGUACACCUGAAAAUGGAAACGAAUGGAGAAUCUCAUUCUCUAUAGCGGAACAGAUACUUGUGUAUGCAAUGAAUCACUGUCAGUUUUUGUGUUAUGGUCUCUUAAAAUUUUUUCUCAAAGACGUUAUUAAUCAGCAAAAUAAUUCAUCAGUUUUAUGCUCAUAUUUCAUGAAAACUGUUGUAUUUUGGUUACUUCAGGGUGGUCAUUUCUUGACUUGGUCACCCGAUAACUUGUUGUCUUGUUUCUGGGAAUGUUUUAAAUUAUUAAUACACUGGGUACGUAUUGGAGAAUGUCCAAACUUUUUUAUUCCACAAAACAACAUGUUUAGAGUGAAAGUCACUGGUUUUGUACAAACGUCAUUGUUCUGUCAGUUGUAUGACUUAUACUGUAAAGGGAUAUCAUGCCUUCUACUAAGUGAAACCUUAAGACCUUACCUCAGUUUUCCGAUCUUAUACAGAUCAAUGUCUAGUGUUUUUACAGACGAGAGCAGCAUCAUAUCUAGCACCGAAUUGGAUAUCAGCUUGUUUAAAGAACUAUACAUUGACAAUGAUGUUGGUCGUUUUCGGGAAUUCCGAGCUUACACGGAACAUCUAAAGACAAUACUUGUUCGCAAUAUGACACCAUAUCAUGUAGUUACAUUACAACAUCUAACAACAUGUGUAUUACGGAACAUGGAUUUCCUGAUUCAAAGUAGUAUUCAUCCAAAAAAAUAUCGCAACAAGAUUCAAUACAAAAGUAAAAAAGUAUCAAAUAGAUUGAUUAAAGUGUCAAGCACGUUUGGUUAUGUGUCAGAUAUUUUGUAUUUUGCUAUGUACUGGUACAGAGAUUGUAGAUAUGAACACUCACUAAUUAUUUUACAGAAAGCACAGGAGAGAAUGUCACGACCAUAUAUUAUAUAUGGUUAUAACGUCAAUAUAGAUAUGUACAGACAGUGCAUGACUGGGAUACCUCUGGGUAGAAGAAUGAGAAGUGCUGUUAUGAAGGACAUUGUGUUAAAUAAGAACACUUACAUUAAUGAACUAGUGAUGGAACAAUUCAAUAACAAGUAUGGCAGGCCUGUAUUAUUGAUCCCACCUCUAGUGAUGUUACACAUGUUGUUUAUACUGAAUCACCACAGACUGGGUGACACAGUCAGGUCACAACAAUCUCUACAGGAUCUACAGACCCUGCUGCUCUAUGAUGACAGGGUUAAUGUACCUACUCUCCUCAGAGAUAUUUCAUGGCAAAUCCUGGGAAUAUGUCAACAAAUCUGUGGGGACUAUGUAGGGUCACUGCAGUCCUAUCAAUGUUCAUUACAACAAAAACCAACUCAUUUUAUUCAGGAAGUGACAUUGUUCAGAAUGAACUCACUUCUUAAUUACACCGCUGCAUGA